UCUUGAAUUCCGCUGCCAGUCCCAUGCUUUGACUGUGGCAUUGAGCUCCUCAAGAAGUCAGCAGAGGAGCUCAGCCGGGGGCAGGACCGUUAUUUUUCACUUCGGAGAUUGGAGCUUGUACGCUCGCUCAGUCGCUCUUAUCGAACCAUAUGGCGCGCACAGCUCUCCAUGCAACGCCCGUUUCACAGAUUGAUUUGCCUUGCUCCUCUUUUCAGAGAAACCAGAAAACUGCUUCGUCAAUCUGCAUUAACCUCAAAACCCGUCUGCCCAAAUUAAAUACUCAACGUCUACUCCGGAGAUUUAAAUCCUUCAAAUCAAUUCAGACUGUCGGAUUUUCUGGUCUGCAUGGUCAAAUCCAGCAGAAGACCGUUCCCGUUCCUGAAAUACCGUUGGACUUUAAAGACGCAGAGUUCGAGGUUCAAACCCGCAUUUGGAACUGGAGGGGUUACUCUGUUCGCUAUCAACAUUGUGGAAACAAUGGCCCCGCAUUGGUUCUAGUGCAUGGUUUUGGAGCAAACAGUGAUCACUGGAGGAAAAAUAUUCCAGUUCUUGCAAAAUCUCACCGGGUUUACUCCAUUGAUCUUAUUGGUUAUGGAUAUUCAGAUAAACCAAAUCCUCGUCAAAUUAUAGAUGACUCAUUUUAUACUUUUGAGACAUGGGCUGCUCAAUUAAAUGAGUUUUGUGUUGAUGUUGUUAAGGAUGAAGCAUUCUUUGUAUGCAAUUCCAUUGGAGGGGUGGUUGGUCUUCAGGCGGCAGUAAUGGAUCCACAAAUCUGCAAGGGCAUUAUCCUUCUCAAUAUAUCUCUGCGUAUGCUUCAUAUUAAGAAGCAGCCUUGGUAUGGAAGACCUUUCAUUAGAACAUUCCAGAAAUUGCUUAGGGAUACUGCUGUUGGCAAGUUGUUCUUCAAUGCUGUUGCAACUAAAGAAUCUGUGAGGAGCAUUCUUUCCCAGUGCUACCACGAUACCUCCAAAGUGACAGAUGAACUUGUGCAAAUCAUCCUUAAUCCAGGGCUGCAACCUGGAGCAGCAGAAGUAUUUCUUGAGUUUAUAUGUUAUUCAGGUGGUCCUCUUCCUGAGGAACUACUACCCCAAGUGAAAUGCCCAGUUUUGAUAGCAUGGGGUGAUAAGGAUCCGUGGGAACCAAUCGAGAUUGGAAGAAACUUUCAGGAUUUUGAUUCUGUAGAAGACUUCGUUGUCCUUCCAAAUGUUGGUCAUUGCCCCCAGGAUGAAGCACCUCAUCUUGUGAACCCACUUGUGGAGUCCUUUGUGGCAAAGCAUGCUGAAUCCUCAUCUAUUAACUCCUCAACAGUUAGCUGAUUGGACUUGGCUGUUAGUCAGUUGAUGCUGCUCAAUGCACUGGAGUGGUGUAUGUUUCUCAAAUCAGAAUUGAAGCCGUCGGGAAUGCGUUUCAUUUUUUCUUGUAUAUAUUCAAGCAUUACACACGUACUUGUGUCACAUAUCCGUGGUAAAUGUGAAAAAAUUAUCUGCCAGUUGCCGGCCCCACCACUAAUUUUGUGGUCCUUCAAUGUCUUCCGAUGUAUUUACAUGUAAUCAUACUUUAUCCGUUUGGGAAUUGUAUAUGGCGCUUCUUUGACCUCAUGUUGUUCCAGUUUCCGGAACCAGUUGAAGUUUCUGUUCAUUUCUGAAUUCUGAUACCAUGAUUGGUUAAAAAUGCAGUCCGCACAGGGUGAUAUUGAAGCUUUUUGUCAA